CUAUACAUUUUAUCUCAAAAUCAACCAAACCUCAACCCCUUUAUCUUAUCUUUCUCGUCCCCUCACUCUUCUUCAAGCUCUGCUUCAAUGGCAACAUCUUCAGCACUUUCUACAGUCACCCUACGUUCAUCCUCUCGCCUUUCACCCUCCACAGCAGCUCUCAUUACACCUUCAUCACUAGUUUUCCCCAAACAGAAUCUAGAAUUCCCCCUCCGAACAACCAAACUCGCUCGCAGAUCGACAUUACUCCGUCCUGUGGCCGUGGUAGCGGAGGAGAAGGUAGUACAGCUAGGAGAUGAAAUCUCGAAUCUAACGCUAUCAGAUGCACAGAAACUCGUCGAAUAUCUCCAAGACAAGCUCGGAGUCACCGCUGCGUCUUUCGCUCCUGCCGCUGUUGUGGCGGCGCCUGGAGGAGCGGGAGCAGAAGCGGCGGCAGUAGUGGAGGAGAAGACGGAGUUUGAUGUGGUUAUUGAUGAAGUUCCGAGUAAUGCGAGGAUUGCGACGAUUAAGGUCGUUAGGGCUAUGACGAGCUUGGCGCUUAAAGAGGCGAAAGAGCUCAUUGAAGGACUUCCGAAGAAAUUCAAGGAAGGAAUAUCAAAAGAUGAAGCUGAAGAUGCGAAGAAACAACUUGAAGAAGCUGGCGCCAAAAUUUCAAUUGUUUAGUUCAUGAUUUUGUGGUACCAGUGAGGAUCGUAGGAAGGCGCCGACAUGACUAGUACACACUAUCGGAGUUUCAUACAUUUGAUCUUGGGAUGUGAUUUUAUGGAUUUGUUAUGUGAUACAUUGAGAAUUGAGAAUUUUUAUGAAUG